AUGGUGGAGAACGAACAAUAUUUUGACAUAAUAAUAAUUCUGUCUGGCGACAAGGCGAAGCUGCUGGUGGCGUCGGGCGGCGCGCUGCGGCUGCUCGACCCGCACAAGCACGAGCACGAGCGCGAGCGCGAGCACGAGCUGGAGGGGCCGCGCGUCGCCUCCAGCCCGGAGAUAGUGUGCCUGACGGCGGCGCCGGUCGCGGGCUGGUGGUGGGCGUGGUGGGGCGACGCGUGGGGGCGCGUGCGGCGCCUGCGCCUGGGCGUGCUGCCCGGCGUGCCCGGCGCGCCGCCCGACGCGAGCACCGCGCAGACGUUGCUUCAGGCGCGCGCGGGCGAGGCGGUGCGCGGCGUGGCCGUGGACCCCGCCGGCCGCCGCCUGUACUGGACAAGCGUUGCGCGCGCGGCGCACGGCGGCGUGGUAGGCGCGCUGCACGUCGCCAUGUUGGACGGACGACGCCGCGUCACGCUGUGGACGCAGGCCGGUGCCGAGCCCGACGAUGUCGUCGUCUCAGUCGACACCGGGGAGGUGUUCUGGUCGGAGCGCGGCGCGUUCGGUGGCGUGCUGUCGGCGCGGCUGGACGGCAGCGGCGUGCGCUGGGCGCUGCGCCGGCGCACGCGGCGGAGCACGGCGCUGGCGCUGUGGGCGCCCGCGCGCCGCCUGUACGUGCUGGACGCGUACUACGGCACGCUGCACAGCGUGGCCACGGACGGCACGCAGCGCGCCACGCACGCGCUGUUCCGCCCCGACGCCGACGCGCCGCUGCCGCCGCACCUCGACAAGGACGAAGAGGGCGACGCGUGGCAGCGCGUGGCGUCGCGCGCGUGCGUGCGCAUGGCGGCGUGGGAGGAGUGGGUGUGGUGCGCCAGCGCGCGCGGCGUGGUUGCCGUGGCGCGGCGGCCGCACGCGCCGGCCGCGCCGCCGCCGCACCGCGCGCCCGCCUCCGCGCUCGCCGUGCUGCACCCCGUGCUCUACCACGACCUGCCCGACGACCCGUGCGCGGCGCCGGGCGCGGCGUGCCCGCGCGGCGCGCUGUGCCUGCGCGGCGCCGGCGCGCGCUCCUGCCUGUGCCCCGACGGGCUGCCCGCGCCCGCACACGAGAACGGCGAGUGCGAGAUAUCGCCGGGCGAGGCGGGCGAGACGGAGGCGGGCGAGGCGGGAGAGGCGAGCGAGGCGGGCGCGGCUGGCGGGACGCGCGCGGCGCCGUGCGAGCUGCGGUGCGGGGCGGGCGUGUGCGCGCUGCGCGACGGCGCGGCCGCGUGCGCGUGCCCCGGCGAGUUCGCGGGCGCGCGCUGCCAGCACUACCGCUGCACCGCGCACUGCCACCGCCGCGGCCGCUGCUACGCCUUCGGGUACAACGCCACGCACUUCGGUGACGACGCGCUGCCGCCGCUCAAGUGCGUGUGCUACGCGGGCUACGAGGGCUCGCGCUGCCAGGAGACGCUGCGCGCGGCGGGCGAGGCGCGCGCCGCGUGCGCGCGCUGCGCGAACGGCGCCUCGUGUCUCGAGCACGACAAUCCCUCGGACUCAUCUUGCCUGUGCGCGCACGGAUUCUCGGGCGAGAACUGCACGGAGUGCGCGGCGGGCGAGGCGGGCGCGCCGUGCCGCGCUGCCGCCGCGUGCCGCGACCACUGCUUGAACAACGGCACGUGCUCGGCGGCGACCGGCGCGGCGCGCUGCGCGUGCGCGGCGCGCUGGCGCGGGGAGCGCUGCGAGCUGCCGGCCGAGCCAGCGCCCGAUGCCGCCGACGCGCAGCUGCCGCCCGAGUGGGGCUCGUGCUCGGAGGCGUGCGCGCACGGCGGGCGCUGCGUGCGCGCGGGCGCGGGAGGCGCGUGCGCGUGCGCGGGCGGCUGGGGCGGGCCGCGCUGCACGCACUACGUGGGGCACGACGACGCGUGCCGCGCGCUGGCGUGCGCGCCGCCCGCCGCCUGCGUGUGGCGCGCCGCCGCCGACCCGGCCGCCGCGGGCACGCCGUACUGCGCGUGCGGCGCGGGCGCGCAGUGCGCCGCGCCGGUGGGCGCGCCGGGCGCGGGCGGCGCGGCGUGGGGCGCCGGCCUGCUCGCCGUGCUGGCGCUGCUGGCCGCGCUGCUGGCCGCGCUGUACGUCGUGCACAGGAGGAGACACGGCGCGUUCGUGCACGCGCGGCUGGCGGAGGGCGCGGGCGAGGGGCUGGAGAUCAGCAACCCCAUGUACCUGGCGGGCGACGACGACCACGAGCCGCACCAGGACGCGCCGCGCGCGAACGGCAACCACUUCGCGAACCCCAUCUACGAGAGCAUGUACGCGCCGGAGCAGCCGCCCGAGGAGCAGGCGGCGCUGCUGCACGCCGCGCCGUGAGCGUCGCGGCGUGGACGCGCCCCGAAGACGACACCCUCACACUCCCGAACACAGCCUAAGAUCUUUGGAGCGCACUUUGACUUCAAAUCUGUUUAGUGAGACAGUAAAAUGUGACUGCAACUCGAGUCUGAGUAAAGUCAAAGUAUGUUCCAUAGAUCUCAGCCUGAAGCGCUACUCCAAAGUUAGGAUACCUUCCAUUUAAGUUGAUAUUUUUUGACACUUUGUUCAUGCAACAAACAAAAACUACUUACUACUUAAUGGCACCCUAAUGCUAAGUAGCGUUUCAGUAUUUGGCCGUUACUUGACUUAAAUAUUAUGCUCAAAAUGUAUGUGCCAUAAGGUAUUAUUUCUGUAAUUUCGACUACAAUAAAUUAAACUCACUUAGACAUUGUUAUAUUCCCCUUUGCCAAAUUGAACGAAUUGCUCCAUAAUUAACUUGGGCUCAUUCAAUAAUCUCUACUUUCAGAUACAGAUUCCGUCAUCUAUUUUGAAUUUUUCUUCCUUUAAUAUGAUAAUAUGGAGUAUAUAUGAUAAUAUACUCCAGUGCCAAAAGUUAUAAUAAUCUAUACCGUUUAUUCAUUUCAUAACUUACUAGACGCAAUAAUUAUUUUCUAAAAUGUUAAGUAUCGACAUAAGUUUUGUGCCAAACUUACGCAAACAUAUCUCACGACUCGCACACAUCAUUUCGCACAAAAUAUUUGUAUGCUGCGUAGAUAGAGUACUAGCCUAGAACACAAGACGUUGACUCGUGUGACGGGUCACCUGCUCAUACAAUAUUCCCUCACACUUAAUACCGAUGUGUAAGUAACAUUGCCGUCACUUUUAAUGUUAUACGACGACGCUUAUAACCAAAUAUACUCGCCUUUUCAUUUUUAUUAUUAAAAUUAAUAAAACAUACAUGAAGACCUCAGAUUGGUUUCAAAAUCCUAUUUUUACAAUUGCGAGAAAGUAGCUCGUGUAACAUUAAAAGUAACGUUUAUUAAAAUAAGUUAUCUUGUGAAAGUACAGUAAUUGCGAGCGAAACGUAGCCUCAUAUCAAUUGUAAUUAAUAAAUUCAAGACAGGAAACGUUUUUAUCAUUAAGUAAUUAAUAUUCCUCUUCUGUUCAAUCUUGUUUAAGUAUAAUAUUUAGAGACCAAAAAUCUUACUGUAAUAAUUAACAUGUGAUCUGUAGGUACCUAGGCAGUGAGUAGAAUCUAGAUGUAAGUUUCAUUAGCACCAACAAUGUUGUGUCAGUUCCCCCUACAGUGGAUGUCAAUAUACCUAUGGCUAUAUUUUCUUGAGAGAGUAGUUAAUGAUAAACUUAACGCACACGAUCUGUUCAUUUGGAUAUUCCUCAAACAUUUUAUUUUGCCUCACAUCAGUGUCUUCCGGGCAACUAAGAUGUAUUUACUUCCCUUUAGUUUUAGAUUACCUUUAUAUCAUAAUGAAUGUGAUGAACUAUAGAUUGUAGGAAGCAGCUCUACAUUUUGUAAUCUCAACUACGACUUAGUACAAUUUUUCCAUUGUAAUACCUACCUACCUAACGUUAUAGGUUCUGUGUAGGAAAUUUUUUACCUAGAUUACCUGUGGUAGCUUUUCUAAAAAUUCUUGUAAACAAAAUUUUAUCUUUAUGUCCUAAUCCUUUACAAUAAAUGUUGACGUUUUCUGAAGAAAAUGUGAUCCAAAAUGUGAAUAAUUUCAUUUCAAUCAAAUGACAUUUGGCUCGAUCUCUGCAAUUUAUUUUAAUACUUAUUAUCAUGGAUAAGAGUUAGUUAUGGGCGUUCUCUUACGGCCAGUUUAGGAAAUUAUACUUAUACGUUCGAAUUCAAUUAGUAUCUAGUUAUUUGAAGCUUUAAAGAAACGCGCCUGUUUAAAGUGGAAAGUUGUGGCUAACUGAAUGUGGUAGUAAGGCAGCUUGUUUUGAAUUUGUCUAAUUGAAUUGGAACGGAAUGUAGCUAUUGUGUAAAAUUGGCAGCUAAAGGAGGUUGUAUUCGAGUUGAUAUUAUUUUCCGAUAAGUGUGGCUUGAUAUUAUACUUGGUCGCUUGCCAAAAUCCGCUGUGAUUUUGUUCAGUUCUAAAAGGCGCGUGUGCAAACAAAACCCCGUUCGCUAAUAUGUGCUAGCUUAGAAAAAGUUUUCAGCUAUCUAUAUGAUUUUCUCGUGAAAACUUGUGAUAUUCCACACGGCGGAGUUUGCACGAUGAUUCGGAGAAAUCCUAUCAAUAGUGAAUUUCAUCGUGUCUUGUUCCAAAUGAGAGCUUAUCAUAAAUAGAAAUAAGGUAAUUUUGCAUGUCUCAUAUGAACUCCAUCUACUCGAUACGAGUUCGAGCAUCAUUUUAUGUUAAUUAGAUUUAAGUGAAAAUGAAUGUAUGUAGGUACGACGACCGUUGUAUCGGGGUACAGCUAGAAUUAAAUAAAACAAAUUCAAUCUUGAAAA